AUGUCUCGCCUCUCACCCUUCCCCUCCAACCUGGCAACCUUUCGCACCGAGUCCCGCGCAAGUGUCGCCGCCUCCGACACGACCUACCACACCUGCGCAUACCAAUCCUUCCACGACGUAGAGCUCUACGCCCCGAGCUCCCCGCCCUCCAAAGCCCCCGCUCCGGCACCGGCCACCACCACCGUCCGGGCCCCGGCGCCGCUCUCCUCCGCACACCAUCAAAAACACCACCACAAGGAGCCAGAACCCGCCGAGAUGCGCCGUCAAGACUCCGGCUACGAGUCCCUCCCGCCACGCAACUCCCUCUCUUACGCCCGCCGCACAUCCACCGCCUCCUCGUCGCAGUCCUCCUCAAACCAACAACAGCCCCGAUCCCGCGGCCGCCCCACGAUCCGCCGCGCCCCGAAAACGAGCCCCUACCCGACCACGGCGCGCACCAGCGGCAGCAGCCUCUACCACCCCUCCUCGCGCUCCUCGCACGCGCACGCCCAGCCCGCGACGUUCUUCCACUUCCCCGCGCACCCGACGGACCUCGAGCUCGCCAACCGCCGCCGCUCGUCCCCGCGCGGCGAGGACCUCGAGCUCGACCAGCGCGGCCUGCUUUCACCAACGCAGCAGCAGCAGCAGCCCGAAAGCAGCGAGGCCGCCGGCGAGGUCGCGACGCUGCCGCCGCAGGCGACGCACUACUGGACCAGCGACCGGACGCGGCGGCUCGAGUACGCGGCCAUCGACGCCGCCAGCCGCGGCGUGAAGGGCUGGUGCAGGCGGCACCUCGUACCGGACUGCUUCGUCCCGAAGGAGAAGCACGUCGCCUUCGACGACGACACGGGCAGUGUGCGACGGUACAGGCUCGAGCUGGACGAGGAGACGCCCGAGAAGUGCGACUUCAACUCGCGCAAGAGGGGCUGGUUUGGCUGGCGCCGAUCCAAGACGGCUUAA